CAAACAUCCAACGUAUCAUUAAGCUAAAAUUGUCCCCUCUUCUCUUCUUUUUCCUCCAUUUAAUUGAUUAAUGGCCCACUUAAUCAAUGCCUUUGCUUCUUUACAGCGAAUCCAAUUCCUAUUGAUAAACAAAGCCGUCCGUUACAAAGCACAGAAUAACCUUAUACCGGCAUAUAUAUAGAUAUAAUAUUCCCUUUAUGCUCUUCAUUGAUUAUAUUGUUCUUCUUCUCUUCUCGAUCUCUGGUUCCUUCUUUUAUCUCCACACAGACAGAUAAAGCAACAAAAUUAGCGGUGAUGUCGUCGAAUCAGAACAGCUGCGGAGUCACAACGUGCGAGAAGCUGGAUCGGAUGGCUAAUUGGGUUGGGACCAGCGUAGCUUCGGCCUUCUUCGCCUCACUUGAACGAUGCGCCUGCAUCAAUCUCACCACCUCGCACGAUGAAUAUGAUGAUGAAGAAGAGGCCAAAGAUAGGCCUCUCAUGCUCACCAAACCCAUCUCUUUUAAUGAAAACUCCUCCCACCGCCGCGCCGUUUAACCAACGCAAAGAGAUAUUUUGAAUUAUCUUUUCCGAUUGUUUUGGAUUAAUGUCUAUGUUUUUAGAAAUAUCAGUUGAAAAGUGGCUUUUUUUGCUUGUAAUUAUUGAUCAAGUUCUGGUAUUUUCUUCAUUUAAUAUGAUGUAGAUUUUUUAUUUUU